GAAGUACUUCUUCAAAAAGAGGGAAAAUAGUCUCAUAUUCUUCUGGAAACAAAGCAGCGGGACGCGGGGACCUCGGCCGCGCUGCGCACCUGAUUACUUUUUAUCCUUCUAUUUUCACACUCAUAAAACUGGCGAACGAGAAGAAUAAAUGCUUUCUCAUUGAUCAUCAGGUUUUCUUGUGUAACUGUGAGCCCGGAGGGAAUUUACAAGUCAGUGACCGCAGAGAAGUUGACGUCCUGCUGCCUCCAUCCAGAUGUUUCAUGUUUCUUCUUGGCGCUCGCUGAUGAACGCGUGUUCAGGAGGAACAUCUCCAAACAUGCUGCUUUGGGCAAGAAAGCAACAGGCGAUGGUUCACUAAAUGCUUUCUAGACUAGUUUUUUGUGGAAGAUUAUUGGAUUUAAUUUUUUCCCCCCUGCCCUCUUGAGAAUGGAGAGGUGCGUAAUGAUGCUGGAGACACUUUUAGUUUGGAUCGUUGCGCUCUCCGUGCGCGUCCACUCCAACACCAACCACGACAACGUGAUUGACCUUCUGGCUGCUCUAAACAUGUCCCACAUAAAGGGUGUGUCCAGGCUGCAGGGGAACCGUCCUCCCUCCUUGGCAUACAGGCUACGCUCCAAAACUCCCCACCUGAUCCUGCCGCCUGAAUAUUCUCUCUCCCUACACUCAACCCUUCAGAGUAGCAUGGGUGUGCACUUGUUUGGACUACAGGCAUUGAACUCUACUGCCACCCUUCUUUCGCUCUCCUCUUCAUCUGCAACCAUUCUCCAAAUCAUCUCCUCUACCUACAAUAACACUCUACGUGUGGACUACCAGGCUGUGACAGGUGUACUGGGUCUUACCGGCUUACACUUUCCUGGGAAAAACCCGUUCUCUGGAGCAAACUGGGUGCAGAUGGCUUUUGGUCUGGAGCCCAAUAGGAUGGUGGUUUUUGUAAACUGUGAAGAAGCUGUGGUUCUACCAAGAAAAAAAGGAGAGCAAAUCAGCCUGGAACUGCCUCAAGAUGUCAUCGUCUCUCUCGGCAGCACACCGGGACAGAGUGACAGCAAAUUUACAGGAUAUUUGGCGAGAGCUGAGAUUUCCUUGACAGCAUAUCAAAGCCGUCCAUGGCACUGUGACAGUAUUACAGACGCCAUUAGCCCGACAUCCAGCAGGAAACCUCAAAUCAGUCACAGACCAAGGGAAGGACCCAACCGUUAUCUACAGGACAUCCAGAGUGAUCAGCUACAGAGAGGUGUGGUGGCUUUGGGGCCUCCAGGAUCACCAAGAAUCAGUGCUCCAGUACAGGAGGAGCACAGCCUGAAUAAGCUGCAGAAGCGGCUGGAGGACCUGGAACGUAUGCUGGACAUGGUCAAAGCUCAGAAUGCGGACCUACAAACACGUGUGCAGUACCUGGAGGGGUGUGAGUGUGUAAAGCGGCGGUGCAUAUGGAAGGGGCGUGACGUGGAGGAUGGCCAGCGCUGGCAAAUUGAUCUCAACACCGUGUGUAUUUGCACAUCUGGAAAUGUCACAUGCACACCAAACAUAGAAGGCUGUGAUGGGGACGGGACGCGUCAUAACGUGUCCACUGUUGGUGGCUGUUACACUUGCAUUUGUAAGGGAGGUUCCAGGGAAUGUUCCCCCCUGCCAUGCCCUCCACUGGACUGCACACAACAUGAGACUAUACCUGGAGAAUGCUGCCAUCGAUGCAGAGGCUGCAUGCAUUCUGGUGUCCGGUAUGAUCACAGAACCACGUGGAGGACGGCAGAGAAUCCCUGUGAUGUCUGCUACUGUUUGGAGGGCCACGUUCGUUGUGAGAGGGAGCAGUGCCACACCCCUUGUAAAAACCCUGCUUCUCCUCCACCUAAUACCUGCUGUCCAGUUUGUCAGGGUUGUGGUGUGGACAGUCUGGACUUCCUUAAUGGAGCUUCAAUACCCAACAGAGACCCUUGUCAAGAGUGUAAAUGUGUGAAUGGAAAUGUGACGUGUUCUCCUGUUUCCUGUCCUUCCUUAUUGUGUCGAAAACCUUUGCAUCAUGCUGGAGAAUGUUGCCCACGUUGUGAUCAGUGUGAAUAUGAGUCCAGUAUUUAUCUGGAUGGACAGACUGUCCCUUCUAAGACCGACCCCUGCCGCCGCUGCUCUUGUUCUGCGGGUGAAGUGUAUUGUGAGAAUAUCGAUGCAUCGUGUCCCAUGCCACACUGUAGUCAUCCAGCAAAGGCUACAGGAGAGUGCUGUCCCAUGUGUAAAGAUUGUGAAUAUGACAGGAGGGUGUAUCCUGAUGGAAAUGUGUUUGUCCCUGCUGGGAGUGGGCCCUGCAUACAGUGCAAGUGUAAGCGGGGAAAUGUAAUCUGCCAUGAAGAAAAGUGCCCACCCAUUAAAUGUUCCAAUCCUAUUAAAGACCCCCAGCUCUGCUGUCCCAUCUGCAAAGCAUGCGUGUCAGAUGGGAUAGAACAUGAGGAAGACUCUAGGUGGCACCCUGAGGGUCCUUGCUCUGUCUGCACCUGUGUGAAUGGAGAAGUCACGUGCACACGCACUCACUGCCCCCCCACCAGCUGUCUGCAUCCCACAAAGAUCAGCAGUUCCUGUUGUUCAGUGUGCGAUAGCUGCAACUAUAACAAUCGUAUCUAUAGUAACGGACAGAGGUUUACAACGCCUGACCACCCAUGUCAUAUCUGCACCUGCCUGCGCGGCACCGUCGAGUGUGAGGACAGACCCUGUCCAUCAGUCAACUGCAGCAACUCAUACGUCCCCCAUGGAGAGUGCUGUCCUAAAUGUCCAGAUUGCUCUUUUGAAAAUCAUGUGUUUGUGGACGGAGAGGUUUUUCCUAAUCCCGUGAGCGUGUGUGAGGAGUGUAAAUGUACGAGCGGUCGGAUUGACUGCCAGCGAUCGCAGUGUCCUCGUCCUCACUGUAAUUCUCCUCUGGCUGGAACAUGCUGCUACAACAACUGUAAUGGCUGCAGCUACACAGGGAAAGAGUAUCCCAACGGACAGGAGUUUGCUCAUCCAACUGAUCCGUGCAGGACGUGCAGCUGCAUUAAUGGAAAUGUUCAGUGUGUGAUGAGGAGGUGUUCUCCCCUGCUGUGCCCCAGUCCAAACCUACUCCCUGGAGACUGCUGUCCCCGGUGUCCUGAGCCCCCAUCGGACUGUGUGUAUGAUCACCGACAUUUCAGACAUACAGAGCAUUUCUACGACCCGGCAGAUGACUGCCGUUCAUGUGUGUGCGCCAAUGGUACUGUUCACUGUCAGCGCAAACCCUGCCCCUUUCCUGCAUGUUCUCACCCAAUCAUGCAGCACUGCUGCCGGACAUGUGAAGGCUGUUUGAUUGAGGGCCGAGAGCGAGCUAACGGGGAGACGUGGGACAACACGUCAGACCCGUGUACGGUCUGUACGUGCCACGAGGGCUCGGUACAGUGUGAGAAGAAGCGCUGUCCGACCUCCAACUGUAACCAUCCCAUCCAGAGAGAGUGCUGCUCGUCCUGUGCUGGCUGCCUGUUUCUCAGUGAAGAACAUCUUGACGGAUCAGAGUUCCGUGACGACAAUGACCCCUGUACCGUAUGUUACUGUUACGGUGGAGAUGUCACCUGCACCAAAGAACCCUGUUAUGAGGAUUGCAGUCACCCUUACAAAGAGCCCGGACAGUGCUGCGGAGAAUGUGCACGUUGUUUUUAUGACGGUGUCGUCCUCGCCAAUGGGCAGUCUCUCCCUGACCCUGGUAACCUCUGCUCUCAGUGUAUCUGCCAGAGUGGCUCUGUGCGAUGUGUGCAGAAACAGUGUGAGGUAGCAGUCUGUCCUCACCCAGUCACCGACACAUGCGACUGUCCUGUAUGUCACGGGUGUCUCUUUGAAGGUAUGACUUUUGCUGACGGACAGGUCCUUCCAGGAAGAGAGGACAGGUGCCAGGACUGCACAUGCUCAAAAGGUGAGGUGGUGUGUGUCCGCCGACAUUGCCCCGCUGUGACAUGCACACACCCAGCUCUGGAAGGCUGUGCAUGUGAAGUUUGUGACGGAUGCCGCUUUCAUGGACGAGACUGUUUCAGUGGAGAACGAUUCCCACACCCAACAGACCAUUGUCAACUCUGCUCGUGUCUGAAUGGCGGCGUCGUGUGUUUGCAUAUGUCCUGUCCAAACGUUGCAUGUGUGCGUCCGGUGACUCCACCAGGGGAGUGCUGUCCCGUCUGCACAGGGAUUUGUCUGCAUCAUGGAAAAGAGUAUCAAUCUGGCUCCACCUUCACCUCGCCCGCUGACCUCUGCUCAUCUUGCUCCUGUCUGAAUGAAGUGGUAAACUGUCACAAAAGACCUUGUCCUGUCCAGUGCUCCCAUGCGGUUCCUUCAGAUACCUGCUGCCCCGUGUGUGACUCCUGCCUGUAUGAUGGUGCUGUCCACUCUCACAGUCACACGUUCACACCUUCAUCCAACUCCUGUCAGCGCUGCACCUGUGUCAGAGGCACCGUCACGUGUGUACCUCGUAUCUGUCCUCCUGCAUCCUGUGCGCGGCCAGUUACCAAACCUGGACAGUGCUGCCCUCAGUGCACAGACUGCGUGUUGGAUGGACAAGAGUACAAUGACGGGCAGACAUGGACGUUAACGUCAAACCCCUGCUCCACGUGCACCUGUCAGGCUGGUGAGGUUCGCUGUACGGCUCCCGAGUGUCCUGAGUUAAACUGCAUGUAUCAAGUGACUGAUCCAGGAGCGUGCUGUCCUCACUGCAGAGGUUGUAUGUACGGCGGAGAGGAGCACAGAGAAGGCAGCAGCUGGUUUGCAGACUCAACUCCCUGCAUGACCUGUAUGUGUGUGGACGGAGUUACCACCUGCUCCGAAGUGCGCUGUCUUUCACCCUGCAUCAACUCCAUCAGCGUGCCUGGGGAGUGCUGCCCCAUCUGUGCCGACUGUGUAUUUGAGGGCAGAGUAUACGGACCAGGAGACAGCUUCCAUCCAGCUAAUGACCCCUGUCAAAUCUGUACUUGUGAGAUGAUGCCGGAUGGAGAGCAGCACCUGAGAUGCUACCGGAAGCAGUGUCCCAGUCUGGUAGAUUGUCCAAAGAACAACAUCAUCUUUUCUGGACCAGAUUCCUGUUGUCCCUUCUGUGCACAGCCUCUCAGUAACUGCACAGCCACACUGAUCGGUAACGAGGUCCUGGCUACCGAUGACCCCUGUUUUACCUGCCAGUGCAUGGAUUUUACGUGGACCUGCUUACACCAGAACUGCCUGCCGCUUACGUGUCCUCUUAAUGAACAGUUCACCCCACCUGACUCAUGCUGCCCUGUAUGUCAAGAUUGUGUGAUUGAAGGUCAGAAUGGACGCGUGUCCAACGGCAGCACCUGGAUGGACAGUGAUGAUGACUGUGUCACGUGCACCUGUAAUAUGGGCUACAUCGAGUGCAGCAUUGAAGAGUGUUUACCUGCAGUUUGUCCGGAUGGCCAAAAACAAGUGAAAAUUCCGGGAAAAUGCUGUCAUGAAUGCCGAGAAACUGGAGUGUCGUGUCUUCACCAGGGAACAGUGUAUCAGUCUAAUGAACAGUGGGAUGUGGACGAGUGCACCAGCUGUACAUGUGUGUUUGGAGACGUGCACUGUCACAGUGAACGCUGCCCUCCCCUCACCUGUGCAACCGAUGAAAUGCUGGCAGUUGUUCCAGGAUUGUGUUGCCCGCAUUGCCUUCCUCAUCCGGCCACUUGUGUUGCCUUUGGAGACCCUCAUUAUCGCACCUUCGAUGGGCGCAUGCUGCACUUCCAGGGCUCAUGCACUUACAUCCUGGCAGAAGAUUGUGAGGGUGGAGACUUCAGCAUCCACGCUACUAACGAUGAUCGUGGGCGCAAAGGAGUGUCCUGGACUAAAGAGGUGACUGUAUUUAUUGGAGAUGUCACGGUGCAGCUGCUCCAGGAUUGGGUUGUGAAGGUGAAUGACGAGGUUGUGACUUUGCCAUUCCUUAGAGAACCUUACAUCUACAUAGAGCGCCAAACCAACACCAUCUUACUCAACACCAACCUCGGUCUGAAGGUGUUGUGGAGCGGUCGCUCACACUUAGAAGUGAGUGUGCCGGGCUCAUAUAAGGGCCACACCUGUGGCCUCUGUGGAAACUUCAACAACUACCAUCAGGAUGACCUUCAAAUGCCCAGCGGACAACUCAGCCCAUCAGAAGCUGAAUUUGGCAACAGCUGGAUGGUAAAACAAACAGAAGUCACAAAUGGUAGUCAUUCUCACUCAUCGUGUCACCCCGGUGAGGAGGUCGAUCCCUGUAAGGAUGCAGGCUACCAGGCCAGGAAGAGUGCCAAUGCCCGUUGUAAGGUCCUUAAAUCUGCCACGUUUAAGCCGUGCCAUCGCGUGGUACCCCCUGAGCCGUGGUUUGCAGCCUGCGUGUACGACCUUUGUGCUUGCGGGGCCAAUACGGAAGAGUGUCUGUGUGAUACACUGGAGGCCUACGUUAGUCAGUGCAGAGAAGCCGGAGUCAUCCUGCAGUGGAGGAGUCCAUCACUGUGUGCUGUGGGCUGUCCGGUGGAGAGAGGCUUUGUGUUUGACGAGUGCGGUCCACCAUGUCCCGUCACCUGCUUUAAUGUCGAUGUGCCACUGGGGGUGAUAGAGAGCCACUGUUUUAAACCGUGUGUUCCCGGUUGCCAGUGUCCUGCUGGUUUAGUUCUACACAACAACUACUGCAUUCAUCCAGAAAAGUGUCCCAAGAUCAUACACGACAAUGCCUCAUAAUCCAGGAACAUUUUGAGCACUUCAGCGGAUACGUAUACUGCCAAAUAAGCUGCAAUCUACCCAAGGACUACAGGAACAUUCUGGCUUGUCCUGUAGAUGCUACAUACUGUACUUAAUAAAGUGGAAUCCUUGUCUUUUUUUGUGGACACACAGUGAUGGAUUAUAGUGGUCAUGGGCCCCUUGGCUU